UUUGGUUAAUUAUCUCUGGUUAUCUAUGCCAUGGGCAAAGAUAUUAUUCGAUAUCUCUAUGAUUAUGCGUGUCAGUGGUCAGUUGUAGCUACGAGCCUACGUAUCAUCCAUCCUUCGUAUAAAUAGCAAACUAUUCUGGCGAAAGCAAGUGUCUUUCGUUGAGUCGAGCGUCAACUAAUGCCAAUGAGAAAUGGGUUUCUAAAGAGUAAAGACGUAGAACAUGUCUGGUUCAGCCUUCUCCGAACAAGGCCGCAUAAAGGAGCACACAAGAACAGCCACUACUCCCACUGGCUCUAUGGCUGGAAAGAAAUCAUGGAAAUGUAACGUCUGUGAUAUAGGUUUUCAUCAGAAAUCUCAGUUAAAGGGACACAUGAAAAGUCACACAGGAGAGAAGCCAUAUACAUGUAAACCGUGUGAAAAAACGUUUUAUUCAUUUGGCCAUUUGGAAAAACACAUGGAAACUCACACAGGCGAUAAACCAUAUGAAUGUGAUAUUUGUGAUGCUGCCUUUUCUUUCGAGAAUAGCUUAAAGCAACACAUCAAAACUCAUACAGGAGAAAAACCAUAUAAAUGUGAACUAUGUGAAGCAGCUUUCCGUGAUAGUGGUGAUAUGAGGAAACACAUGAGAAUUCACACAGGAGAAAAACCAUUCAAAUGUAACAUGUGCGAAAAAGCCUUUACUGUAUCUGGCCAUCUGAGAGCACACAAAAGAACUCACACGGGAGAAAAACCUUAUGAAUGUUACAUAUGUGGAGUAUCCUUCACACAGCAGACUACUGUUAUGAUACAUAUGAAAACUCACACAGGUGAGAAACCAUAUAAGUGUAGUAUGUGUGAUGCUACCUUCGCUGUUAAAAAGUGUGUAAUUAUACAUGAGAGGACUCAUACAGGGGAGAGACCGCAUAAAUGUGACAUGUGUGAAGCAAGCUUCGCUCAGAAAUGUGAUUUGACAAGUCACGUGCGAACUCAUACUGGAGAGAAACCUUAUAAGUGUGAUGUGUGUAUGAAAGCUUUCUCUCUAAAGCACAGUUUGGUGACCCACAUGAGAAGGCACACGGGCGAGAAACCAUAUAAGUGCGAUUUGUGCGACGCGACUUUCAUUACAUCAGAAGCAGCCAAGUUACAUCUCAGAACACAUACAGGAGAAAAACCAUAUAAAUGUGAACUGUGUGAUUAUGCAUUCGCUGCGAGGAGUAACUUAACGACACACAUGAGAACUCAUACAAAAGAGAAGCCAUAUGAGUGUACGAUGUGUACGAAGGCUUUUAUCAAAUCAACUCAGUUGACAUUACACAUGCGAACUCACACUGGAGAAAAACCCUAUAAAUGUGAUGUGUGUGAAUCUGCUUUUUCUCAGGUAGGCAACCUGAAGAGACACAAGACAACUCACACAGGAGAGAAACUAUUUAAAUGCAAUGUAUGUAAUGCGACUGUUGCUGAGAAAGGAACUUUGAAAAAACACAUGCGAAUUCACACAGGAGAGAAACCGUACAAAUGCAAUUCCUGUGAUGCAGCUUUUACUCAUUCAGGUAACCGGAAAAUACACAUGAGAACCCAUACAAGAGAGAAACCAUUUAGAUGCGAUCUAUGUAAUGACACUUUUGCCUACCGACGUGCCUUAAAGUCUCAUAUGCAAACCCACACAGGCGAGAAACCGUAUAAAUGCGAUCAUUGCGAAGCUGCCUAUUCGAUGCCAGAUAGUUUAAGAAGGCACCUCGGAAGUCACACAGGCGAGAAACCAUAUAAAUGUGAUGUGUGCCAAACACGUUUUGUUGUUCAAAACGGUUUGGCACAACACAUGAAAAUUCACACCGGCGAAAAAUCUUACAAAUGUAAGCUCUGUGACGCUGCUUACUCCAGAAAUGACCGUUUGAAAAAACACGUGAAAACUCACGCAGGACAGAAACCAUAAAAUCUAAUCGUGGGUAUAAGAGCUUUCCGAGAGCAGUGUCAUUCAAAGUCGCAUCAAAACACAGUAGAGGAAGAUGAUGUGUGAAAAAUUGCAAUUGCUGGUCAACGUAUCUGCCCUUUCUAUCACCGAUGAAGUAUGGAAACUUGUCAACCAUAAUUAACUUUCUUCAGAAAACUUGUACGGGUAAACAAGUAGUCGGAUGUAUCUUGUGAGGUAAAGACCAUAGAGGUCUUGAUUGUCAGUUCAUGGAAUUACGACACGACAAUUGUGUGACAGUUUGGAAAGAAAAGCAUGUAUGUGUUUAUCUUUAUUAUAAUUAUAAUAAUAUAAGGGCAGUAUUCUCUAGUAACCAAGUCAAAAUAUGAACAUGGGGAAAGCGUGGUUGACAAAUUUACAAUGGCUAGAGAGACUUCGCAACAAAUGUUUAGAUUAACUUUACAUUCACAACUCAUAUUAAAAUGAAGGCAUAGUUUUAUUGUUGUAUAAAUUUUAUUAUAGCAUGCCGUGCAUGUGUUACUACUUGUAGCUGAGCAUGUAAUGUAACAGAGGAUUCUAUUUUUUAUGUGACGAAGGAAGAAAGUUUAGUUUUAGCUCAAGAGUACUAGGGUGGAUAUGGUUGCAAGGUUUUUUGCAACUAUUUUGCACAUAUUUGAAUUUAUUUUUAUAUACUUUCAUUUAAAUUGUUCUGCAAAUCAGUUGAGCAAAUCCAUGCAAGUACGGUCACAUCGUUUGUGUUUUUUCAAUAGUAACUAAUGGUCAUAUUCACUGUGGUAAGCGUUCUGGAAAUAUGGUUUGACUGGAUUUUCUCUCCAAUUUGAACCAGAACUUGACCAUUUUCUAGUUUGAGUUUAGUUAGAAUUUCAAUGCAACAUCACAGCAAUCUUUGCUUGUUAUCUGAUAAUCGUUUUACAUCAUUGUGCAAAAAACGGUCAUAAUUGUUGUCAUUGAUAUAGUCACUAAUGGUCUAGUUCAUUGUUAGUUUCACUGUUGUUAUUAUUGUCAUAGCAACCAAGUUCCUACUACGUUUGGGAGCAAGCACAGCCGUAGCUAGCGGGAAUGGGUAGGGGGAGGGGCAAAGCAGUUCCAUUAGAAUUUCCCAUGGUCUUGAGAGUGCCACUGGUAUACUGCGCACUGUUAAUUGCCAGAACUCAAACUGCAUAUUGCCUUGCACCCCCUGCCCAAGGGCAGAAUGAGUUAGCCACGGCCCUGGCACGUUUAUAAUCGCGAGUUGUUUUUAAAAAUAGUUGGUAUACAAAGCCCUACAGGGUGUCAGGGAUUCUAAUAAUAUACUUAGUAUUUAGUUGUUUUGUAAAUGGCUAAAUAGUAGCCAUUUUAGUUGUGCAGCACCAAUGAAAAAAAGAAGAAGAAAAACUAAUAAAAUAAAUAAAAUCACAUAAAAGUACAAUUCA